CGUUUAUCGAUUUUAAUUGUUUUGUUAUGUCAAUAUUGCUCUAUGAAAUACGUAAAUAUUAGAUAAUCACUGAAUCGCUACAAAAUAAAAAAAUAUGACAAUAAUCAAAUCCAAUCAAAUUCAAUGCUUCCAAUUUUCCAUAUUGUAACCACGGCGUGUUCGGAUAAAAUGAACGACCCGCCGACCAAACCCAGAAGAAAGAGGGUGGAAGUUCCGAUACACAAGAAGCAAGAGGAGAGCAUCAAAAGGACCUACAGCGCUAACUUUAAUUCCCGACGUUGCCGACAAAAGCCCAACGACGACAGAUUCGCCGAAAUCAUAUUGGAAAUUCCCGAUUCUGAAAACACAAAGGCUAAUAAGAAACACCUGCACAAAGAAAUUCAGAGGUUGUCCAAAGAAAACGAAGAUAUUGUGGCGAAAUUCAACGAAUUAGAAGGACUGUCGGUGAAGAAGAUUACCAAAUUGAAGGAGAAAAUUGGAUCGCUUCAGGGAUUAAAUCACAACCUUGUUAAAGAGAAUGAAAUUAUUAAGAUACAAUAUGGGGAGCUUUUAAAGAAUUUCGAAGAUGCUAAGGAACAAUUGGGAGCCCCCAAACAUUGCGACGACUGCGAUGAAUUAAAGCAAUCAGUCGAGAAACUCAAUCAAGAAAAUGGCCUGUUAACCAACGACAAAAAAGAACUAAGUGAAGACUUAAAUAUGUUAAAGAACGUCGUUUAUAGAUUAAAUAUGCAUUUGGAGAGAUAUCAAGAGUUGUUGCGAAAGAACAAUUUAAAAGUUCCUAUGCCAUCCCUUCCAAUGACGUGCAGUUCAGUCUUGGAGACCUCACCCAGCUCUCCAAUUGUACUAGGCACGAUUAUUUCCGAGAGUCACCGAAACCACAAACACACCCCAAUAGCUUGGGGAAGCGUGCAUUCUCAUACGCUUGGUCCCCUAUUGGACGCUUAUCAGGAUGUCGUCACUGAAAAGGAAGAGUUAAUUUCCAAAUAUGAAAUAGAAAUGUCGGACUUUACGGGUCGAUUGAAGGAAAUAAUCAGGGAAAACGAGGCGUUACAUAUGAGACUCACUGAGGACGAUGAAUGUAGCGUUAAACUGCAGCAACAAAUUAUUAAUCUCAAGUCGGAACUGAAAUCCGUGCGGGAACAAAAUGAUAUUUUAAUUAAAAAAUGUGCCUUGAAACAAGAUAAAGUUGAAGAGGUUAUUAAAUGUUACGAACACAAAGUGGAACAACUGAAAAGGGAUUAUAAUGUGGCUCAGGAACAAUAUUACCGUGUUCGCAGUGAACUAACAAUGACCAGGGAGAAAAACAAGGCGUUAACGGAUUCACAAGAAGAUUUAAAGAACGAAAGGCAUAACUAUAUACCUAUAUCAGUUCAUACUGCCAGUGUCAACGAGUGCAAAAGAUGGUAUGAAGAAUUGAAGGUUCAAUACGAGGCAGAAAAAAGCAAAAUGAAGGAGGUCCUAGAAAGCAAAUCCACACUGAUUUACGAAUUAGAAAAAAAGGUGAAAUCUCUAGCAAAAUUUAAAGAUGAUUUGGAAUCAAAAAUUGCUCAUCUGGAGAAACAUAUAAAGAAGCAUGAGACGAGGUACUUGGAACUGGAGCACACCCUUAAUGAAGUGAAACUAUCUAGAAGUGCGUGCAAAAAGCAAUUACAUAAAGCCAUGUUGUUUGCCAAAGACAUGGUUGCAGAACAAGAGACAUUAUUAAAUGCUUUGAAUCAACGACAACUCGAGAAUAAAGCGGUGAAAAAAAUUGGCAGCGACAUGGCUAACAAAAUGGACUCGUUAAGAACACAACUGAAAGACGUACAAAAAUGUGCAUGGCACGAAUUUUCUUCGGUGGAACAAAGAAUACAAGACCAAGAAAUGACUAUCGAAAACAUGAAAUGCGAACACGAAGAAGAAAUAGAACGACUUCACCAGAUCAUCAGGGAACACGAAGAAGUAAACAAUAAAUUGAAGAACGGUAAAAUGGUUCCAGUACCUCAUUACGUGUUAUAUAGAAAUAAGCAUAAGUAAGGUGGUUAAUAUAUACAGAUUUAUUAUUUA